UCUUGUCCCUGUCUCCCUCUCAGCUGUCUUUGCCGGUUAUUUUUAGGUUAAUUCUAAAAUAAAUUCAAGAAAGCAGGAGAUACUUAGUUAUGGUUAUGAAACAAUAAGGUGGGUAUCUGUCGCUUACGGGGCGCCAGAACGUGAACCAUGUCAGGCGACGUACAGCCAAGAAAACGUAAAGACAAGAAAAAGAAAAAAGAUGAGUUGGGUAUAGAAGAACCCCGUGGGACCGCGGCAACGUUAGGGGAUGGCGAUGUGUUCAUGCAUUCACAUCAUGACCAUGGCACUGGAGGUCACUGGUGUGCUAAGAUAAUUUUCUUCUCUUUGCUGGCUGUACUUAUCACACUUAUUGGACUGAUCAUAUUGGAGAACAGAGGACUAUCUGAAUUGGAAGCAAACGCUGUGGAGUCAAGGUAUUCUGGUAUGCUGGAGGGCUGGCUUGAAGAUGCCCCUGAUGAUGACCACCAUGACGAGCAUACACUUGAACUGAAACAUCAUGAUGAAGACGAACAUGAUGAAGAAGGCGAUGAUGAAGAUGAAGAAAUAGAUGUGGAGAAGAUAGAACAAGAACCAUCUGAUGAACCUAUUUCUAUCGAGUUACCUGCAUUGCCGGAGGAGGAUGACGAUGAUAGCCAAAAAGAUGACAACGAAGACGAAGCUGACGAUCCCGAUGAACCUGACAAUACAGAUGAAGCUGAUGACGUAGACAAUGAUUUCCUUGACGCCGACGAACCACCACCGAUUGUCGAGCGAAUCAGUGCACCUGCGGGAAAGCCUUUUGUUGAGGUGGAAGAAGAUGAAGUAUCCAGCGAAAGGCCUCCGGACACCCUGGAAGAGGAAGAAGAAUACGAGAAACAACAAGAGGAGCUGAGAAAGGAAGAGGAGAAAUCUUCUCACAUGUGGCUGAAGCUGACCAUAGGCGGCGCUCUUCUGGUGGCCACGCACGCCGUCGUGCGCCGCGCCACUGCCCGCGAUGUCCCUGAGAGUGAAUCAUCGACUAGAGAAGAAACACCUGUCAUUGAUCGAAGAAUGACACUUAUACCGGAAGAACCAGAAACUGUUGUUUCAAGAAAGGUAGAGCAACAAACAUCGAAACCAAUCGUUGAAGUGAAAAAAGUAACUCCUUUGUUAAAAUCACCACCAAAGAAACAACCGAGUAAAGAAGAAGAACAUGACGAACCCGAAGAAACCGUAGAGGAAAUUGAAGAAAUCGAGGAACCACAAGAUGAAGAUAAAGAACUAUACAGCGACGAGGAAGUUGUAGAAGAGGAGAUAGUAAAAGAAAAGGAAACACCAAAAAGUUUAGCAGUUAAAACCGACGUUCAAGAUACUAAAAUUCAACAAAAUGCUGGUAAUGAAGAUAUUGAUGACGGUGACGACGAAGAUGUUCCUGAUGACGUUGAAAUCAUAGACGAUGAACGUCUUGAAGAGGAACUUGAGGAAGAAGAAGAAAUUUCCGACGUUGAUGACACGGAGCUACUAAGCCGCCUCGAAGAGAAAUACGGACGCCUUCCCGAUCCAGAUAGACCUGAACAAAAACGCAAGGAUGGUGGGAACAGUAUAGAGGACGAGUGGCCGGGCGAACCAGCCGACGCAUUCUGGCGUCAGCAACUCGACUCGGCUGAGGAGGAACUCCGCCAGGGCAAAUGGUCAUCGGCGGUGGACCGAGCGAGUGCUACCCAGUUGGCUUCAAGCGCUAGAGCUCGGUACAUCGUGGCUACAGCUUUAGAUCGUAUGGCCGAAGCUCAAAAGGACAACCGUCUACUGUCUCGAGCCAUUACUUCCUAUCUGCAUCUGCUGAAGAUGAACGAAAACCUCUCCGAUCAGAAGAUUAGAAACAUAAGUGACCGAACCUUGGAUAGAAUACAAUUUAGAGGAAAUUAUUUAAGCGCGGAACCCGUGUACCGUCUUUUGAUUCGUCGGUUUCCUGACGUGUCUGGCUACCGAAACAACUUGACCAUAUCAUUUCUUAUGGCCAACAGGGCGGAUCUAGCGGAAGAAAAUCUGAAAGAAACGCUUCGAUUAUGGCCCAAAGACCGUGUCGCAUUGGCACAUUAUGCAUUUGUUCUAAAAAACCAACAUAAAAAAUAUGAAGAAGCUGCGAAAUUAUUUGAGAAAGCUCUAGAAGGGGACUCAGGUCCCGCAUGUGAACCUCGCUUCUACUAUCAUUAUGGGGAUGCAUUACUUUUAUUAGGUCGGUAUAAAGAGGCUCACGAAGUACACAAAAGAGGAGCGAAACAAGGUCAUUUCUUAUCCCCAGCACAGCGCUCACUUUACAACGUCAAAAGAUUAAGAGGACGCCCUUGGUGGAAAGUUGAAGACACUCCGUAUGUUCAAUUAGCUCGUGCUUUAGAAAAAUCGUGGAAAGAUAUUUUGAAAGAGGGAGAAGCAGCUACAGCACUUUAUGAGCAAGAAAAAGAGGGACUUAAAGAACGAGGGAAUUGGUCCCAGUUGGAUCUUUUUGUUAGAGGACGUGAAAUCCCUGAUAGAUGCAACCGAGCGCCUGUCACUUGUUCCAUUGUAAAAUCAGAGCCAGCGGCUGUUGGAUGUCGUAGAGGACAAAUCAAAUUCAGCGCAAUGGAACCAGGAACACACGUCCGGCCACAUGUUGGGCCAACGAAUUGUAGACUUCGAAUGCAUUUGGGCUUGAGCAAUACCAAAGAUACUCAUAUACGAGUAGAUCAGGAAACAAGACAAUGGAAUGAAGGCAAAGUGCUGCUUUUCGACGAUAGCUUUGAACACGAAGUGUGGCAUAACGGGACUGCUAAACGGCUUGUCCUAAUCGUCGAUUUGUGGCAUCCUGAUCUCACUCCCACUGAAAGACGUACCUUACCCGCUAUAUGAGUGCCUUAAUAGUGUCGUUAGGAAUGCAUAGUGUUAAAAUGAAUGAAUUUUGAUGGAUGCUUAAUAACAAUUUUAUAUUCCGUAAUACAUCACUGUUAUUAAAUACCCUAAAUAAUCAGUAUUCUUUACAGAGAGUUUAAGAACAGAUUUAAUGUUGUUAAUAUGAAUUUAUUGAAAAUCACUGCAACAGUGGUUAAAUAUUGGUGCUAGUCUGUUGACCGAUAUAUUUCUAUUCUUUUGCUUAUGUAUUUAUUGUACACAUAAUAAACUUCAGAACUGUUUCAAUAUACAUAAAUCACAUUGCCAUAUAUUAUAAAUAAAUACAGUGAAUGAUAUGAAAAACGACAUUAAGAAGUAAUUUGUUUACAAUACUUCGUUUUCCAUUUUCCUUUCAAAUGCAUUUGGUUUUUCGAACUAACUUCUAUUUCUGUACUUGUAAUUGUAAUGUUAU